AUGAUGGGGAUGAUGGGGAUGAUGGAGAUGAUGGGGAUGAAUGGGGGUGAUGGGGAUGAUGGAGAUGAUGGGGAUGAUGUGGAUGAUGGGGAUGAUGGGGAUGAUGGGGAUGAUGGGGGUGAUGGGGAUGAUGGGGAUGAUGAUGGGAUGAUGGGGAUGAUGGAGAUGAUGGAGAUGAUGGAGGGGAUGAUGGGGAUGAUGGGGGAUGAUGGAGAUGAUGGAGAUGAUGGAGAUGAUGGGGAUGAUGGGGAUGAUGGAGAUGAUGGGGGUGAUGGGGAUGAUAGGGGAUGA